AUGGGCGACCCACUAUCCGUUGCCGCUAGCGUGGCUGGCCUCCUGUCUCUCGGCUUACGGAGUACGGAGUACCUUUACAAGUACUACACCGCGUGCCGAGAUCAACAUCAGGAUCUCGCCAAAAUUGCAGACCAACUCGGUAGUCUUCUCGAAUCCGUCCAAAUUGUCGACGAGAUUGUGCGCACCCGCACCUGGCGGCCCAACGAGCAGUCAAUCCUACAAUGUAUUGAAAUGUCCAUCACUCGUAGUGAAGAGGCUAUAAAAGGGUUACAGGGUGAAGUCGACAAAUUCAAAAAUGAGCCCAAUAACGACUGGAGAAAGAAGGUAGUGUCCGUUGGGCGACGGGCGGCGUAUCCAUUUAAGAGGAGCACAUUAGAAGACCUCGGCGACGAUGUGAGCGAGUUUCGCGGCAACUUGUCGAUCGCGCUACAGGCGCUUCAGCUGAAAGAGCAUCAGAAUACACAAGGCGACAUCGAGGAGGUCAACGCUAUCGUCAAGGACAUACAGGCACGAAGUGUCAGUGCCGAUCUGCGGCAGUGGCUGAGGGCACCUGACGCAACAGUCAACUUCAAUGUCGCCGUUGCCAAACGACACGCGAGCACUGGGCAGUGGUUGGUCCAAGGUCCAGCCUAUACCACAUGGCUACAGCAGGACAAUUCGUUUUUGUGGCUGUAUGGCUUCGCUGGCUGUGGAAAGUCCGUGCUGUGCUCGACGGCGAUCCAGCACGCCUUUCGCCGCCGACAAUCGUCCGCCGACAGUGCGGUCGCCUUCUUCUUCUUCGACUUUAGAGACGAGUCAAAACAAGAUGCCUCCGCGAUGCUGCGAGCAUUGCUACUCCAGCUCUGUGGGCAGGUUCCCGGUCUGGAAUUAAGCAUGACCCGCCUAAAAGAUUUAUAUAAUCAUGGUACUCCGCCGGUUAAUGUCUUACUUAAAUAUCUGCAAGAAGCCGCUCAGUGCCGCCACAUCUACAUUUUGCUCGAUGCGUUGGACGAGAGCCCUGAAGAGAUCUCACGAACUGAAGUUCUAUCGGUAAUCAAUACCCUACGACGAUGGCAGCUGCCCCGCUUGCACUUGUUAGUCACUAGUCGAGAUGUUCCUGACAUUCGAAACCAUCUGAAAUUUCCGACACUUCAGCAGGGCGUCGAGCAUAUCUCGUUAAAGAACGACAGCAUUCAGCAAGAUAUCUCGAAGUAUGUGGCAUUUCAAAUCGACUAUGACCCUCAGCUUCAGCGCUGGGGCGACCAUCGAGAGAAGAUUAAGAGCUAUCUGACCAAGCAUGCGGGUGGAGUAUUUCGUUGGGUCGAAUGCCAGCUUCGGCCGCUACGGCAGUGUGCUCAGAGUGAAAAACAUCUCGAGAAAUGUCUUCGUAAACUGCCACAAUCUCUUGAUGAGACAUACGAACGAAUACUAUGCAGUAUCGAGUCACGAGAAGAGGCGCAGCAGAUCCUAUCGUUGCUAUGCUUUGCAUCACGACCGUUAUCAGUCGAAGAGGUCGUCGAAGCUCUCGCAGUUGAUAUUGACGACCUUCAGUGUUAUGACCCUAGGAGUAAAUUUAUUGGCGGUGCAGAAGACAUCCUCCGAAUUUGUCCUGGUCUCAUUGAGAUCACUCUCCGUACAGACAGUGUUCAGGUACUCCGCAUUGAACAUUUCUCGGUCCAGGAGUACCUACUGUCUGAUCGCAUCCGAAAGGGUCAAGCGGCCGACUUCGCUUUGUCAGGUCCAUCACAGCAUGGGCGGAUCAGUAAAACUUGUCUACUGUAUCUCCAACACGAUGAAUUCCUGCAACGGGUUUUGAGUCCCGAUCUCGUGAGACAAUAUACCUUUGCAAAAUAUGCUGCGGAGCAUUGGCACCACCAUUAUCGCCAAGCUGGCGGCCAAUGUGCCCGACAGUUGUCAGAGAUGGUUCGCAAUCUGUUGAUGACGCGCUGUACGAAAGAACGUUGGCUUCGGCUACGCGAUCCAGAUAGAACUUGGUCAACUAACGUGGAUUACUCCACAGUCGCCAAAGAUUAUCCUUCGGCAACAUACUAUGCUUCUCUUCUUGGCCUAGACGAAGUGUUGAUGUUUAUUCUAUCUAUGUCAGCAGCCGAUGUCAACGCACAAGGAGGCCGGUAUAGCAACGCACUACAGGCGGCGUCACAAGGUGGCCACGAGAAGGUGGUGCAAAUACUACUCGACAAGGGUGCCGAUGUCAACGCACAAGGAGGCGACUAUGACAACGCACUACAGGCGGCGUCACAAUAUGGCCACGAGAAGGUGGUGCAAAUACUACUCGACAAGGGUGCCGAUGUCAACGCACAAGGAGGCGACGGUGACAACGCACUACGGGCGGCGUCACUGGGUGGCUACGAGAAGGUAGUGCAAAUACUACUCGACAAGGGUGCCGAUGUCAACGCACAAGGAGACUUCUAUGGCAACGCACUACAGGCGGCGUCACAAUAUGGCCACGAGAAGAUAGUACAAAUACUACUCGAUAAGGGUGCCGAUGUUAACGCACAAGGAGGCUUAUAUGGUAACGCACUACAGGCGGCGUCACAAGGUGGCCACGAGAAGGUGGUGCAAAUACUACUCGAUAAGGGUGUCGAUGUCAACGCACAAGGAGGCGACUAUGGCAACGCACUACAGGCGGCGUCACAAGGUGGCCACGAGAAGAUGGUGCAAAUAUUACUCGACAAGGGUGUCGAUGUCAACGCACAAGGAGGCUUAUAUGGCAACGCACUACAGGCGGCGUCACAAGAUGGCCACGAGAAGAUAGUACAAAUACUACUCGACAAGGGUGCCGAUGUCAACGCACAAGGAGGCGCCGAUGGCAACGCACUACAGGCGGCGUCACUGGGUGGCUACGAGAAGGUAGUGCAAAUACUACUCGACAAGGGUACUCAGUAUUUCCUGGCCUAA